AUGGUCAACGGAUUCCAGUGGUGCAUACGACAGUAUACCGAGACAGAAAACAUGAUGACUGCUGUUGAGCGGAUAUAUAUGUACGCUGAUUUACCUUCAGAGGCUCCUUUAGAGGUUAUAGAUAAGAGGAGAACAGUAAUUUUCAGUGAUGAUAACUUGUGGGACGCGCUAGAGAAGGUAGAGUUGAAAUCGUACGUUUCAGCCCAGAUUGGAGGUCUGGAGAUGAUGGUGCAGGAGGGUGGUGGGAAUCUGUCAGCUGGUCAGAGACAGCUGUUGUGUCUCGCUAGAGCUUUGCUGAAGGACAACAAGUUUCUGGUUAUUGACGAGGCUACUGCUAAUGUUGACGAGCUAACUGACCAACUGAUCCAGCAGACUCUCCGACAAGAGUUUUCUAAAUGCACUGUCCUCACCAUAGCUCACAGAAUCAAUACCAUUAUUGAUAGCGACCGUAUAAUGGUGAUCGACGAGGGUAAAUUAGCUGAAUUUGACCACCCUGCAUUGCUUCUGAAAAGACCUGAAAGUAUCUUCUACGAUUUAGUCAACGAAACUGGGAUGUUUGAAGUUUUGUUGGAUCAAGCGAACAUGAGUUUUAAUACAUCAUUAAAAUCAGAAUAG